CAUCGGUGAACCGAGUCCGAGUCCGAGUCAGAGUCAGAGUUAAGAGUCAGCUCGAGGAUAAACAUAACCACAGACCUAGGAUUACUGUGACAGUGCAAGCGUGUGUGUGUGUGUGUGCUAAUCCGUGCUUAUCCCAACAACCAACAACCAACAACAGUUCCAAGAACGCGUCUUCAAACCCGUCUCAAAGCAGCCAUGAAAACCUUCAUCUUAAUGUCCUGCCUGGCCCUUGCCGCGGCGCGUCCAGAAGCUGGCUACAACUAUAACCGUCCCGGAGGCGGCGGUGGUUCCGGUGGCGGAUCCCACGGUGGCUCCAUCGGUGGAGGAUUCGGAGGUGGUUCCGGCGGUGGUUUCGGUGGCGGAUCCGGCGGAGGCUUCGGUGGCAGCUCCGGCGGAGGCUUUGGAGGAAGCUCCGGAGGAGGCUUUGGUGGCGGUUCAGGUGGCGGAUUUGGCGGUGGAUCAGGCGGAGGCUUCGGCGGCGGCUCAGGAGGUGGUUUCGGUGGUGGAUCCGGCGGUGGUUUCGGAGGAGGCAUCGGCGGUGGUUUCGGAGGCGGCGGCGGCGGUGGCGGCGGUGGUGGCACCACCUUGGUGCAGAAGCACAUUUACGUCCAUGUGCCACCACCAGAGCAGGAGGAGAUCCGUCAGCGUCCCAACCUGCCAGUGGGACAAUCCCAGAAGCACUACAAAAUCAUCUUCAUUAAGGCGCCAUCUCCUCCCUCGUACCAGGCACCAGUCAUUCCCCUGCAGCCCCAGAACGAAGAGAAGACUCUGGUCUAUGUGUUGGUCAAGAAGCCCGAGGAUCAGCAAGAUAUUGUCAUCCCCACGCCCGCUCCCACGCAGCCAUCGAAGCCCGAGGUUUACUUCAUCAAAUACAAGACCCAAAAGGAAAGUGGUGGCAUCUCUGGCGGCUCCGGUGGCUACUCAACUGGCGGCGGCGAUGGUGGCUACUCUGGUGGUGAUAUCUCUGGUGGAGGCAUCUCUGGCGGAGGCAUCUCAGCGCCAUCCAGCAACUACGGCCCACCCGGCAAGUCCGGCCCCUACUAAGGCGCAUUCCACUUGCAAGAAGAAGAAGAA